UAGAAAUCAAUGUUACUGUGCCAACACGCUGUGCGCAACAACGGGUAGAAAACAGGAUGUAUUACAUCUAACAAUUCAUUAAACUUUGAUGUAGCUAAGAUAAGAAUACCGCACACGUUGCCUGCCGUGGGGUGAACACUAAAGUAAACCGGAAAGAAAAGGAUCUGAAACACUUGUCAAAGAGAGUGUAAUCAUCAAAAUAUGCAGCGUUAAAUACGAACCAUUUGGAUUAUGAUUCGUUCAUGACUGAGCUUAUUACUGUCGCCACAAGUUAAGCGGCGGAGAAAUGAGUGUCACCUGGGUCUUUGGAGCAGGGUCUUCCCAAAGGCCUUAAUAUGAAAUGUUUGCUGCUCUGCUUCCUAUGCCUGCUCAGCCUGAGCCUUCCUCUGUUGUUAUGGUUUGGAUAUGUGAUCACACGGGACAGACCAUCACCAGCUGUGCAAAGCACCAGGCUGAGGGGCUACAUGAGGAUCAUCCCCGACAUGAAGGACCAGCAGUUUCUGGACAUGCACUGCAACCACUGUGCCUUGGUCUCCAGCUCAGGUCAGAUGCUUGGAGCUGGUGUUGGAGAAGAGAUCGACAAGAUCAGAUGUGUUAUCCGGAUGAACAAUGCACCCACAGGGGGCUAUGAGAAGGACGUAGGGAGCCGCACCACUGUUCGGGUUGUGUCUCAUACCAGCGUUCCAUUGUUGGUAAAAAAUGAGCGCUACUUUUUUAAGCAAUCAGCAGACACCACGUACGUGUUCUGGGGUCCUGACAGGAACAUGAGACAAGACGGGAAAGGACGGAUCUUUAACACUCUCCUGAAAAUAGCAAAGAAAUAUCCAAAAGUCAGAAUCUUUGUUGUGACCAGAGAGAAGAUUCAGUACUGUGACAAUGUGUUUCAGAGGGAAACUGGAAAAAACAGAAUGAAGACAGGGGCAUAUCUCAGCACUGGAUUCUUCACAAUGAUUCUGACUAUUGAAAUGUGUGGCAGUAUCCAUGUGUACGGGAUGAUCGAUGAUAACUACUGCAGUCAAGCCAAUCGCAGUGUUCCUUACCAUUACUAUGAACGAAACCGACUCGAUGAGUGCAGGAUGUACAAAGUCCACGAGCACACACGUCACGGGGGGCAUCGUUUCAUCACUGAGAAGGCCAUUUAUGCCAAAUGGGCAACACGCCACAAAAUGGAGUUUACACACCCCUCUUGGACCCUCCGAAGUAGGGGAUCUAUAUAACCCAGAUGUUGUUCUUUGACAUUACAGUAAUGUUCACUUUUUCUGGCUUUUGGUCUUUGUUGAAAAUUUUGUGCUGCCUGGGAAGAAACUUUAUCGAGUGCAUAGUACUGUUCCCUGUGGAGUCCAGCUUUUAUUUGAAUUGUACUUUGUUUUUUUUAAAUAACUCAACAAAUUUUGAGUUGAAAAGAGUCCUGUUUUAACAUUGGCUCAGAGUGGAUAACAUCUGCAGUCAUAGAUAGAAAAUAGUAUAGUUAGAUGAUAGGCUUGAGUAAUUUACUGGUAUUUAACUGGUCAAAGGUGGUAUGUAUAGCUAUAAAUCAGUACAGAUACAGAAAAAAGAUAUUAAACCACUAAACUAGAAGCUAAAAGCAGUUAAUACCAAAGCUUACACAUUUUCAACCUCUUUAAACCUGUGCCUUGACUCUUGGUUUUAUUCUAUACUGCAAUCUGACCUGUAUAAUUUAAAGCUACAAUAUGCACUCAUACUCUGAGCCUAAGUAAUAUUGUUUAGGCCUGCAACUCAUGAUUAUUUUCAUAAGUGAUUAAUCAGGCAUGUAUUUUCUCACUCCAUUAAUCAUUGGUUUACAACUUGCCAGAAUAUAGUAGUUUUGUUUUGGCUCUUUUUUGUAAAAAAGAAAAAAAAAGACAAACUUAAUUGAUUACCCGAUAAUUUGCUGAUUAAUUUUCUAGCAGUUAUUUUAGUUCUAGCUGUUUUUGACCCCUCCUCCAUGUUAGUUUGUUAGUAUUUUGCCUCUUUUCUGGAUGACCUGUCUGCCAUGAAGAAGAGUCAAGUUCUGAGCUUGAAUAAACCUCAAUGUCUGUUGAUGAUUUUCAGCUCUUGAAAGAAAAACUGUUGAUAAUUUCAGACAAGUCUUGAUUGUGGCGCAUUUUAUUUAAUGAUCCUUUCCCCCUUCUGCCACUAUUUUUGUUGUAGUCUCUCUCUGCUUUACAGCCAGACUGACAACAAAUGCACAAAAAGGCUACAGAUAGAGAUUCAGGCUGAUUUUAUUCUUCAUAAACUGCUUACUGUUUUUAUACAGGGCUUAUCACAAGCAGUUACAAACUUGAAGUAGUAGUAAGGUUUUCAUUUAACCAAAACAGUGCAUGUUAAUGUAUAAUAGUGGGCCGAGUCUCCUUUAACCCACACAGUAAUCAUGCAGUUUCCAGUUGUGAUAGAUGUGGCAUUAGUGGUUUACAUUUGGUGCUGGAGCCCAGUGUCACUGUUUUAAUUUUGGUCCAUCUUUUCAUAUGCCUUCACGCCACACAUACACACAGAGAACAACCAGGUACAGUGUGUGUGGUAAUAUCACACAGCAGACAGUAUUAACACAUGACUGCAGAACAACACCAAAUAUACAGGCUGAUGGGAGAUUUGCAGAAGGUGCAGCUACAUCUGUGACAGUUCCACCAGUGUGGCGUCCUCUGACAGAAGAGAAACCUGCAGAAAUAGGAGUCUGGGUGAUUUAUUUUAACUUUGAAUAGAAUUGGUCCAAUAACAAACUGUAAAAACAAAAUAUCUUCUUGUCUUUGGACAUUAAAAUAGUUUACCAUUUAUAUUUUACUGCUUGUUUACUAUGAAAAACAUAGUGCUGUCUUUGAAGUUGCAUAACUUUGUGACUAAUUCGAAAGACUAACUUUAUUUGUGCUAACUACUGUAUCAGUGUUUUACUGCAUGUACAUUUCAUACAUGUACACAAUGAACUGUCUGAAUUAAAAUGUAUUAUUAAUGACUUUUAACUAGCCCACUUCUGUAGUGGCCUGUACAAAGUAAAGACUUGAAUGUAAACUUGACCACUAAUCACCAAUAGU